AUGACAGCAGACGAGUUGGUUUUCUUUGUGAAUGGCAAGAAGGUGGUGGAGAAAAAUGCAGAUCCAGAAACAACACUUUUGGCUUACUUGAGAAGAAAGUUGGGGCUGAGCGGGACUAAGCUUGGCUGUGGAGAAGGAGGCUGCGGGGCCUGCACUGUCAUGCUCUCCAAGUAUGAUCACCUCCAGAAGAAGAUCGUACACUUUUCAGUCAAUGCUUGCCUGGCCCCCAUCUGCUCCUUGCAUCAUGUUGCUGUGACGACCGUGGAAGGAAUUGGAAGCACCAAGACCAGGCUGCAUCCAGUGCAGGAGAGAAUUGCCAAAAGCCAUGGCUCCCAGUGUGGGUUCUGCACCCCUGGUAUCGUCAUGAGCAUGUAUACACUGCUCCGGAACCAGCCCGAGCCUACCAUGGAGGAGAUUGAGGAUGCCUUCCAAGGCAAUCUAUGCCGGUGCACAGGCUACCGACCCAUCCUGCAGGGUUUCCGGACCUUUGCCAGGGAUGGUGGUUGCUGUGGAGGAAAUGAGACCAACCCAAACUGUUGCAUGAACCAGAAGACAAACAUGGCAGUCACUCUCUCGCCAUCUUUAUUCAAACCGGAGGAUUUCAUGCCCCUGGAUCCCAGCCAGGAGCCCAUCUUCCCCCCAGAGUUGCUUAGACUGAAAGAUGCCCCUCAGAAGCAGCUGUGUUUUGAAGGGGAGCGUGUGAAAUGGAUCCAGGCCUCAACCCUGAAGGAGCUGUUGGACCUCAAAGCUCAACACCCAGAUGCCAAGCUGGUGGUGGGGAACACGGAGAUCGGCAUUGAAAUGAAGUUUAAAAAUAAGCUGUUUCCUCUGAUCAUCUGCCCAGCCUGGAUUCCUGAGUUGAAUUCAGUGGAGCAUGGACCAGAAGGUAUCUCCUUUGGAGCUGCUUGCCCUCUGAGCUCCGUUGAAAAGACCCUAGUGGAUGCAGUUGCUAACCUGCCUGUCUACAAGACAGAGGUGUUCCGUGCCGUCCUGGAGCAGCUGCGCUGGUUUGCCGGGAAGCAGGUCAAGUCUGUGGCGUCCAUUGGAGGAAACAUCAUCAACGCCAGCCCCAUCUCCGACCUCAAUCCUGUGCUCAUGGCCAGUGGGGCCAAACUGACCCUCGUGUCCCGAGGCACCAAGAGGACUGUCCGGGUGGACCAAACCUUCUUCCCUGCCUACAGAAAGACUCUCCUGAGUCAGGAAGAGAUACUGCUUUCCAUAGAGAUCCCUUUCAGCAGAGAGGGUGAGUUCUUAUCUGCCUUCAAGCAGGCUUCUCGGAGAGAAGAUGAUAUUGCCAAGGUGACCAGUGGCAUGAGAGUCCUUUUUAAUCCCGGAACCACGGAGGUAAAGGAACUGGCCAUUUGUUAUGGUGGAAUGGCCGACAGAACCAUCUCAGCCCUCAAGACCUCUCGGAAACAGCUGUCAAAAUUCUGGAACGAGGAGCUACUGCAGGACGUGUGUGCAGGCCUGGCUGAGGAGCUGCACCUGGCGCCGGACGCCCCGGGAGGCAUGGUGGAGUUCCGGCGCACCCUCACCCUCAGCUUCUUCUUCAAGUUCUACCUGACGGUGCUUCAGAAGCUGGGCAGAGGGGACUCAGACGACAGCCUUGGCAAACUGGACCCCACCUUUGCCAGUGCCACUUUACUCUUCCAGAAAGACCCUCCGGCUAACACCCAGCUCUUCCAGGAAGUCCCCAAGGAUCAGCCUGCGGAGGACAUGGUAGGCCGGCCCCUGCCUCACCUGGCUUCCAGUAUGCAGGCCUCCGGGGAAGCAGUGUACUGUGAUGACAUCCCUCGAUAUGAAAAUGAGCUCUCUCUCCGGCUGAUCACCAGCACCAAGGCCCACGCCAAGAUCAAGUCCAUAGAUACUUCAGAAGCUCAGAAGGUCCCUGGGUUUGUCUGCUUCCUUUCAGCUGAUGAUGUGCCGGGGAGUAACGUAACUGGCCUUUUAAAUGAUGAAACAGUCUUUGCAACAGAUAAGGUGACUUGUAUUGGACACAUUAUUGGCGCUGUGGUCACUGACACCCCAGAACACGCACAGAGAGCAGCUCAAGGCGUGAAAAUCACCUAUGAAGAACUCCCAGCCAUUAUCACAAUCGAGGAUGCUAUAAAGAACAAUUCCUUUUACGGCUCUGAGCUGAAGAUUGAGAAAGGAGACCUCAAGAAGGGGUUUGCGGAAGCGGAUAAUGUUGUCUCAGGUGAGUUGUAUAUUGGUGGCCAAGAACACUUCUACCUGGAGACCCAGUGCACCAUUGCUGUCCCAAAAGGCGAGGAAGGAGAAAUGGAGCUCUUUGUUUCCACACAGAACACCAUGAAGACCCAGAGCUUUGUUGCAAAGAUGUUGGGGGUUCCGGAAAACCGGAUUGUGGUUCGAGUGAAGAGAAUGGGAGGCGGCUUUGGCGGGAAGGAGACACGCAGCACCGUGGUGUCCACAGCAGUGGCCCUGGCUGCACACAAGACUGGCUGCCCCGUGCGAUGCAUGCUGGACCGUGAUGAGGACAUGCUGAUAACCGGUGGCAGACAUCCCUUCUUGGCCCGAUACAAGGUUGGCUUCAUGAAGACUGGGAAAAUUGUGGCUCUGGAGGUGGAUCAUUACAGCAAUGCGGGGAACACGAUGGAUCUCUCUCAGAGUAUAAUGGAGCGAGCUCUAUUCCACAUGGACAACAGCUAUAAGAUCCCCAAUAUCCGGGGUACUGGGAGACUGUGCAAGACUAACCUGCCCUCCAACACGGCCUUCCGGGGCUUUGGGGGUCCCCAGGGGAUGCUCAUUGCUGAGUACUGGAUGAGCGAAGUCGCGGUGACCUGUGGGCUGCCUGCAGAGGAAGUGCGAAGGAAGAACAUGUACAAAGAAGGAGACCUGACACACUUCAACCAGAAGCUUGAGGGAUUCACCCUGCCCAGGUGCUGGGAUGAAUGCUUGGAAAGGUCUCAGUACCAAAAACGCAGGGAAGAGGUUGAAAAGUUCAACAAAGAGAAUUACUGGAAAAAGAGAGGAUUGUGCAUCAUUCCUACCAAGUUUGGAAUAAGCUUCACAUUAUCUUUCCUGAAUCAGGCGGGGGCCCUGGUGCACGUGUACACAGAUGGUUCUGUGCUGCUGACUCAUGGAGGCACUGAAAUGGGCCAAGGCCUUCAUACCAAGAUGGUCCAGGUGGCCAGCAGAGCUCUGAAAAUACCCACCUCUAAGAUUUACAUCAGCGAGACAAGCACUAACACCGUGCCAAACACCUCCCCGACAGCUGCCUCUGCCAGUGCCGACCUCAAUGGACAGGCUGUCUAUAAAGCUUGCCAGACCAUCCUGGAAAGGCUGGAACCCUUCAAGAAGCAGAAACCUAAUGGCUCCUGGGAAGAUUGGGUCACAGAUGCCUACACGAAUGCAGUGAGCUUGUCUGCUACUGGAUUUUAUAAAACGCCUGACCUUGGCUAUAGCUUUGAGACAAACUCGGGGAAACCCUUUCACUACUUUAGUUAUGGGGUGGCUUGUUCUGAAGUGGAAAUUGACUGCCUAACAGGGGAUCACAAGAACCUUCAUACAGACAUCGUCAUGGAUGUGGGCUCCAGUCUCAACCCGGCCAUUGAUAUUGGACAGGUAGAAGGAGGGUUUGUACAAGGCCUGGGCCUCUUCACACUGGAGGAGCUGCACUACUCCCCGGAGGGCAGCCUGCACACCCGGGGCCCCAGCACCUACAAGAUCCCCUCAUUUGGCAGCAUCCCUGUUGAGUUCCGGGUGACCCUCCUCCGUGACGCCCCCAAUAAGAAGGCCAUCUAUGCAUCCAAGGCUGUUGGAGAGCCACCCCUCUUCCUCGCUGCCUCCAUCUUCUUCGCCAUCAAGGAUGCCAUCCAUGCCGCCCGAGCUCAGCGUGCAGAUUACACCACCAAACAGCUUUUCCAGCUGGACAGCCCUGCCACCCCGGAGAAGAUUCGCAAUGCCUGUGUGGACGAGUUUACCAGCCUGUGUAUCACGGGUGUGCAGGAAAACUGCAAACCCUGGUCCCUGAGGGUGUGA